UUCCUUCGGCCUGAUGGCGCUCUCCUCGCCUUUACCGUGCUUUGCUUAGUCCACUUUUCUGUUUCCUUAAAACUGCUGUUUAAGUGGUUAUUUAACGAGUCGGCGAUUCCAGCAGCUUUGCUGGGAUGUUGCUCAGCCAGCGAGAGGCAGGGAGUGUGCCAGUGUCGGUCACUGAGCUCACUGAUACCAGCUGUGUUAGCACAGUUUUCCCUCUUGGUCUGCAGGGAGGGAUGCGAGCACAAACACCAGUUUUUUUUUAUCAGAUCACUGGUUUUAGGUUACAGUGACCCGGGAUUGUGCUUCACUGUCUGUAGGAGCCCGAGGGACCAGCUCUGAGCUCGCUGGUUGGGUUUUAAAGAGGACUCAAACGAUGACCUGUGGGAAUGUUACCUUACAGGCUUGGCUCUGCACGGUCAGGACCGCAGCCUGCACAGCAGCACCUUUUGGGAGAUCGCUGCAGAAGGAGCUCUGGACAAGGCCAUGGAGAAGGGAAGCUGCUCGCCUGCCCUGGAUUGCUGGUUCGUGGCAGUGUUUGCAGUCACAAGCCCAGCGAGCUCACGGUGUCAGGAAUUACCUCAGGAGACCCCGAGAGCCGUCCAUGUGUCUGUCCCACUUGGCCCCUGCUGCUGUGGUCCAGCAGAAGGCUGUGCAUGGCAGGACAGAAGAGUUCAAACUGGUCUACAGGUUCCCAGGGAUAAAAUACUGCAGGAUCCUGUCGAGACUGAAGCUGCUGCAGACUGCCACCUCCAUGAUCAUGCUGCCUCCCAUCUGCUACCUCUACCUGCAGGGCCAGGUGUCCCAGAAUAUCCUGCUCUACACAACUGGCAUUGCUGUCUUUGCUGGGGCAAUGCUGUAUGGUAUGAGCUACUUUUUCAGAAGAAUUAUUGGAUUAAUCUACUUAAGUGAAACUGGACAAACUGUCAGAGUGGCCCACUUGACAUUUUGGGGAAGACGUAAUGACAUUUACUGUCCCAUAGACACAGUGGUGACUUUGGAUGAAGUUGGAGAUAGCAAGGACGAGCUCCUUCACCAGUUCAAGCGGUAUAACAGUACAGAUACUUUGUAUUUUACAAUUAAGUAUGGCCAGAUUGUAGACAGACAGAAAUUUACUCAAAUAUUUGGAGAAUUUGUGUGACACAGAGCUCAUUUCCAAUGACUUUCCUUGUUCAUUGUGCUUAUUCCACGAGGUUUAAAUAGUUCACCAAACUACACAUCCCUGUCCAUUUCCUGUGCAAAGCCUGCAGUAAGUGCACCCAGUGUACAAAGUCACAGUGGUAAGGCACAGCCCACUGGAUUAAAGGUCCUGCAGCUUGUGUAUGGUGUGAGGAGUGUCUGUUCCAUGUGGCAUUCAGUAAUGUCACAGUAUUCCAAGCCUGAACUGUCCUUGGAAUGCGCCAUAGGAGGCCAAACUGGCCUCUUUGGUGGUUAUAAAAUAUGAAAAAUCUCUUGAAAUGAAAUGCAGGAGCUGCCAGAGCAUCCUCACUUCAACCUCAGUGUUUCUUUUAGCUCAUUUCAGGUUGGCUGGGAAGCCUCUGGACAUUAAAGCUGGUCUGGUGCAUCCCUAUGAUGGGCACUGCUGAAUGUCAGAGAGGGACAUGCUCAUGUAUCAGUGCAAUUGAGGGUAUGGGAAGGUGUGUGGGCUGUCCUGGCCUCAGGAGGGUCCUCCAGGAUGGGAGUGGAGCUGGGCAAAAGAGACACUGGCAGCUCAGCUGUUAAGUUCAAGGCUGGGACAAUAUUUCAGGAGCCUCUUACAGGAAUUGCCAUUCCUCAUUGGAACGGGAAAAGCAUCACCUGUCUCCAUGAAGGACUGUGGUCUUAUUCCAUGAUAUUGGUAUGAGUUCUCCUUUUCUGAAACUUUGGUAGAAAUGAGGAAUUUAAACCCAAGAAAGAACCAAAUAUAUCACCUAUAAUGUGUAAUACAUAGUUUGAAUUGUCAGAAGCAAGAUAACUCCUUACACCCCUCCUAGUUCUAGCUUAAUGUGAAACUGGCAAAUAAACUGACUCUCACCAAUAAUCUGGAGUGUUCUUUCUUUAUUUUUUCCUCAUGGGAAAUGAAACCUCUGUUUCUUGGCAGAUCAGCAAAGGAUCAGUGAAGUAAAAUUGCCAUUUAAGAGUACAGGGUAACCCUGAAUUACUAUUUCUCAUGUUUAACUUUUCCUAAUGGAGUUCUGUGAGUUUAAAUUUUGGCUGACAGUGUAGAACAGCAAUAUCAUAAGAAAUCCAAAUAUUCCUUGGUGUAAACUCCAUGACAACAAAAUACUUUGGGCUGUACAGGUAUACUGCAUUUUUUUGAGGUUUAUCUUCAUCAGAAUGUCUUUAAUAUGGACUAAUGGUUCAGUUCAGGCAUGUACUGGGUGUAAAAUGAAAAGCCCUGGAGAAGUUCAAUUAUAAAUAUUUUAUUUAAGAAUAUUGAUUACACAUGAUUGAUGUCAUUGUUAUGAAUCUGUGUACAGUUACUAGUUACA